AUGGGUUCUUCUCUAAAAUCAUUCAUUAAAGAUGUUAGGAAUGCUAAAACAUUCUCUGAUGAAAGAACCAUUAUCACAAAACAAUCUGCCAAAAUUAGAACUAAAUUAAGAGAUGAUCAUUUAUCAUCAAGCAAGAAACGUGAAAAUAUACAGAAAUUGUUGUAUUUAUAUAUUCUAGGUGAACCAACCCAUUUUGCACAAGUUGAAUGUAUUAAUUUAAUUGCAUCUGACCAAUUUGUUGAUAAACGAUUGGGCUAUUUAUCGACUUCUCUUCUAUUAGAUGAAAGCCAAGAUCUUUUAACUCUUUUAACCAAUCUUUUAAAUAAUGAUCUAAAUCACCCAAAUAAUAAAUAUAUCGUAUCUUUGGCCUUAUCUACCCUAGGUUCUCUAAGUUCUUAUGAUUUGGCCAAAGAUCUGUAUCCUGAUGUUCUACAUCUAAUUGAAACUUCAAAUGACCCUUUCAUUCUAUCAAAAAGUUUGCAAUGCUUAUCUAAACUUAUUAGUAAAGAUUUCGAGUUAACUAUAUUAUCUAUUCUACCAAUUGAUAUCUUUGUCAAAAAAUUUUUUUCUAAUAAUAAAAAUGAUCUACUUUUAACUAAUAAUGUGUGGUUAGGUAUUUGUAAAUUUUUACAAUCAAUAGUCAUUUUACUAUUAUCGUCUUUUUCAUCCUCAUCGAACUCUGAUUUAUUAUCAGAUCAAUUCUUAACCGACCUCAAUCAUUGCUUCUCCUCCAUCAUACCAAAAUUAUUUUAUCAACUGUCUUCUUUAAAUAUUAAAAAUUAUGAGUCAAGUUACGAUGUCCAAGGCGUAAGAGACCCAUUCUUACAAUGUGAAAUUAUCCUAACCUUGAAAUAUCUAUUUAAACUCUCCAAACUUUCAACAAAUCAUUUUAUAUCACUAAUAAAUGAUCAUUAUAAUAAAUUUAUGGAUCUUUUAACUCAAUUAAUUAACAACUCCUCAUUGAAUUUAAACAAGAAUCCAAAUAACGCUAUAUUAUACGAAAUUACAAUGACAAUCUUUGAAUUGGAGAUGGAUCAAUCGUUAAGGCUAUUAGGUGUCAAUAUUUUGGCAAAUUUCCUAAAACCAUACAACAAUAACAACAAUAAUAACAAUAGUACUGUUAUGCAGGGUAAAAGGAGUAAAAACAAUCACAUAAACAACAGUAAUAGCAAUAACAUUAAAUAUGUGGCCUUAAAUACAUUAAUUAAAGUCAUUAAAUAUGAACCAUGUGCAAUUGCUAAACAUAGAAAAUUUAUCUCUCAAUGCUUGUAUGACACGGAUAUUUCUAUUAAAUUUAAAGCUUUGGAAUUAACUUUUACUAUUUUAAACAAAGAUAAUUUAGUUGAAUUAACUGAAGAAUUGAUCAAAUUCUUAAAAGAUAUUUUUUCAAAUAAUAACGGUACCCAUGAUUAUGUGUAUUUCGAUAUCGAUGAAUCAAAUGAUUUAAUUAAUUAUACAGUGGACAAUUUUUUAAAAAAAUGCGAUUUAUUUGAUUCUAACCAAGACGCAAUUAAAUUAAGAAGCUUAUUUGAAAUUUUGAAAAUUGUUGGUAAUAUGAUAUCCAUUGAUCAAUUAAAUGAAUUCUUAAUCAUCAUUAAUAACAUUGAAAAUUGGCAAGUCAAGAUUAAUUCUUUAAUUGAGAAUAUUUCUAAUAAUAUGAUUAAUAACAGAAUUGUGACCAACAAUAUAUCUUGGAAUUUAAUUAUGGUAUGGUCUAUCGGUGAAUAUGGUGAUUCAAUUAUAACGAAAGCUAAUGGUAAUAUCACCUCGAAUCAUUUAAUCAACUAUUUGAAUCAAUUAAAUAUAUUAUAUUCACAAAACUUCAAAAAUCCACUAAUUUCAAAUCUAUCUAUCAAUAAACAUAGUUACAGUGACUAUAUUACCAUGAUCCAGUAUAUAUUGACUAGUGCAUUGAAAUUAUCUUCCAAAAUCAAUCAGAGUGAUGCACACAAUAUUGAAUCACUAAGGCAAAUCAUAUUAAGCCACCAAAAAGACUCGAAUUUAAUGUUACAAAUAAAAAGUAAUCAAUACGAAUCAAUCUUUAACCAAGGUAUUAAUAUCAAAAGGAUUAUUUUAGAUUCUAUGCCUAAAUUUAUUAAACAAGCUGAUAACAAUAACAAUACCUCGGAUCAUAACAAAAUUCAACCAAAUCAAAAUAGAAAUAACAAUCAAAAUGAACUUUUGUUAGAUUUAUUAAGUGACAUUAAUGAUAAUCUGAACCAAGAAAAGAGUACUUCAUCAGGUCCCAUCACAGUUUCGAAUAAUAAUCAUAAUAGUAAACCUAUUAGUAAAACUACCACUUUAACAUUACCAAAAGACAAUAUAGAUUUAAUCUUCAAAACUGAUUUAUUAGAAGUGUAUUCUCAUAUUAUUGAUGUCCAACCAGGCAAUGCUCAUCUUGAAUUAUUUUUUAAGCCCAUUAAAACAUUUGUGAAAUCAAUGCAUUCUUUAUGUGCUGUAUCAAAACAACAAAAAUUAACACUUGGACAUCUUUAUCCACACAAUACUGAUAUUGAAAUGAAUCAAAUAGUGAAACAAUCAUUAAAAAUUGUUGGUUCUGGUAAAUUAAAAUUAAGAGUAAAACUAACCUUAGUAACUGUUUCCUCGAAUUCCAUUAGCGACAAAACUCAAGAGAUUCAAUUUGAUUAUAAAUUUAAUGAAACCAUCUAA